AUGAACCGUCAAACUUACAGCAUGAGAACGGGAGGUGGAUGCAGAUCUUACAGCACUGUGUCUGCUAUUAUUCCAAGUAGCAACAGGGCUGGCUUUAGUUCGAUGUCUGUGGCACGAUCUGGAGGAGUUGGAGGUGGUUUUGGAAGGCUGAUUGGAGGAGGUGGCGGUGGUAGUGGUGGUGGUUUUGGCAGCAGGAGUCUCUACAACCUUGGUGGUAGCAAGAGGAUAUCCAUUGGUGUUGGAAGCAGCUUCCGAGCUGCUUUUGGGAGUGGAGCUGGUGGUGGAUAUGGCUUCCGUGGAGGUGCUGGUGGGCUUGGCUUUGGUGGUGGACAGGGAGGUGGUGGAGGGUUUGGCUUUGGUGGAGUAGGAGGGUUGGGAGGAUUCAGUGGAGGUCUGGGUGGUGGCAGGAACCCAGUGGGAUUUGGUGGUGGUCCACCUGGAGUUGCUACAAUCCAAGAAGUGACUGUCAACCAGAGCCUUCUGGCACCACUGAACCUGGAGAUAGAUCCAAACAUCCAUCAAGUACGAAAAGAUGAGAAGGAGCAAAUCAAGACCCUCAACAACAAGUUUGCUUCUUUCAUUGACAAGGUUCGCUUCCUGGAGCAGCAGAACAAGGUACUUGAGACCAAAUGGACCCUCCUGCAGGACCAGGGUCAAAAAAACAACUCAGGCAAAAGCAACCUGGACCCACUCUUUGAGGCUUACAUCAACAACUUGAAACGACAGCUGGCCAACCUGCUCAAUGAGAGAGGACGCAUGGAUGGGGAGCUGAAGAACAUGCAAGACCUCGUUGAGGAUUUCAAGAACAAAUAUGAAGAGGAAAUCAACCGACGCACAGCGGCAGAGAAUGAAUUUGUGGUGCUGAAGAAGGAUGUAGAUGCUGCUUACAUGAAUAAAGUGGAGCUGGAGGCCAAGGUGGAUGCCCUGACUGAUGAACUCAGUUUCCUCCGAGCACUCUACGAAGCGGAGCUGGCUCAGCUCAGCGCACAAGUGUCUGACACCGCUGUCAUUCUGUCAAUGGACAACAACCGGGACCUGGAUCUCAGUAGCAUCAUAGCUGAAGUCAAAGCUCAGUACGAGGACAUUGCCAACAGGAGCCGAGCUGAGGCAGAGGCUUGGUACCAAACCAAGUUUGAGGAGCUGCAGGCCACGGCUGGGAAGCAUGGGGACGACCUGCGCAACACAAAGGGGGAAAUCUCUGAGCUCAACCGGCUGAUCCAGAGGAUCCGUUCAGAGAUAGAGAACACAAGGAACCAGUGUGCCACCCUGCAGACGGCCAUCGGAGACUCUGAGGAGCGCGGUGAGCUAGCCCUCAAAGAUGCCAAGGCAAAGAUGAUUGACUUGGAAGAUGCCCUGCAGAAAGCCAAAGCUGACAUGGCCCGCCAGCUCCGUGAGUACCAGGAGCUGAUGAACGUCAAGCUGGCCCUGGACAUUGAGAUUGCGACCUACAGGAAGCUGCUGGAAGGAGAGGAGAGCAGGCUGAGCGGAGAGGGACUCAACCCCAUCAGCUACUCUGUCAUCAGCUCCAGCUCUGGCAUGGCUGGUGGAGCUGGGUUAGGAGGAGGUUUUGGUGGAUUGAGCCUAAGCGGAGGAGGUGGCGGUGGAAGUGGUUUUGGUCUUGGAGGAGGCGGUGGAAGCGGCUUUGGUCUUGGAGGAGGCGGUGGAAGCGGUUUUGGUCUUGGAGGCGGUGGUGGAGGCUACAGCUUUGGAAGCGGAGGAGGACUUGGACUUGGGGGUGGUGGUGGACUUGGAGGUGGAUUUGGAGGAGGCAGUGGUCUCAGCAUCACAAGUGGUAUUGGCUACGGAGGAGGUGGCGGCAGCGGUCUGAGCACCAGUGUGAAAAUCGUCUCUAAAACCUCCUCCAGCAAAAAGAGCAUAAAAAGCCAAAGCCUGAAGAAUGCUACACAGCCUGAGUAA